AUGGAACAAGAGUGGGAUGGCAGCCACGUUGUCCAGCAAGCAGUGACUUUUUCCUUCAUGUUGACACGCGAAAGCAUUCUCGAGCUCAAAGUGGCCGAUCUGAAGACCGAGCUCACCAAGCUGGGACUCGACACCAAGGGCCUCAAGGCUGAUCUGCAAGAGCGCCUGCUGGCCACGCUUGAGCCGUCCGCUGGGGCUGGGGCUGGAGCUGCGAGCGCUGGUGGCGAUCCAGCCAUCGCUCCUUCUGCUGCUGCUGCUCCGGCUGCUGCUGCGCCCGUGGCCGUCCCCACUGGUGCUGUGGACAUGUACGCUGCUGCGGCUGCGGCGGCCCAGCAAGCGGCGCUGGCUCAGGCUCCCGCCGUCGUUGCUCCUUCGACGACACAACCCAGCGAUCUCGGCACGAGCCAGCAGCACCAAGCCAACGAUGCCAACGAUGCCGCCUCUGCUGCCGAUGCCCACACUGCGGCUGUGCCAUCGCACAACGCAGGAUUGGAGAACUCUGCUUAUGCGAACGCAUACGCGCCCGAGCACGCCCAAGAAGUUGUCCAGCCAGUCGACGCAUACCAAGCACAGCAGUUCGAUCAGCAGCCUGUUGUCCCUAUGGAGUCAGAGUCGUAA